CGGUUCAAAACAAAUAGAAAUGGAAAUGUGUGCAAGCAUUACAAGCAGUUAGCACACUCCGAUCAAACGUGGAAGGGAAAGAGCUGGGAUAUACUGUCUUAAAAAGGAUCCCACCCGGUAUCCCAGCGGUCCUAAGACCUGACCAUGAUAAGUGCCCCACCGUGGAUGCCAUGCGUAAUCACAUUGACGGUCUGACGACUCCACUGACACACGUUGAAGUACUCUGGUGGCAAAAGUUCCUCGAGCUAGAAGAACACAACCGGUCUAUGUGGUUACGCAUGUCCGAUGAAGACUAUGAAGCUGGUAACUUCAAAUUCUGUCUUCCUUGGCUAAAACAAGCAGAGAACGACGAAGAGGAAAAGACACCAGUACAAGAAAGCAAAGAUGUGCUCAAAUCAGAAGAAAAUCUAAUUAAAAUGAUGAAGAAGACAACUGAGCAUAUUCCAAUUCAGGAAGUAAGCCCAAAGAAAAAGGGUCGUCGUUCUUCAGGAAAAGAAAACGCAAACAAAAAAAAAAAACAAAAAAAGUAGUAGUUAAAUUGUUAGACUGAUUCCAGUGUCAGCCAAAGGACAUUGGGCGACAAAAAAGAAUUAUCAGCGCCCUAAAAGACAUAUUGAGAGCUGAAUGUUAUUCUAGGAUCACUUUACU